AUGGCAGCCGGUCCGAUUGCGGAGCGUAAUCAAGAUGCCACCAUCUACGUCGGUGGGUUGGAUGAUAAAGCGACGGAAACGCUGCUGUGGGAGCUGUUCGUGCAGAGUGGCCCCGUAGUGAACGUGCACAUGCCGAAGGAUCGCGUUACGCAGAUGCACCAGGGGUACGGGUUUGUGGAGUUUCUGGGCGAAGAGGACGCGGACUAUGCGAUCAAAAUCAUGAACAUGAUCAAGCUGUACGGUAAGCCGAUCCGCGUGAACAAAGCGUCGGCACACCAGAAGAGCCUCGAUGUGGGCGCCAACAUCUUCAUCGGCAACCUCGACCUGGAGGUGGACGAGAAGCUCCUGUACGACACGUUCUCCGCGUUUGGUGUGAUCCUGCAGACGCCCAAGAUUAUGCGUGACCCCGAGACGGGCAACUCGAAGGGGUUCGCGUUCAUCAACUUUGCCAGCUUCGAAGCGUCGGAUGCGGCCAUGGACGCGAUGAACGGACAGUAUCUCUGCAAUCGACCCAUCUCCGUGUCGUACGCGUUCAAGAAGGACUCGAAGGGCGAACGGCACGGAUCGGCCGCCGAGCGUCUGCUGGCGGCGCAGAAUCCCCUGUCCCACGCGGAUCGUCCGCAUCAACUGUUCGCCGACGCUCCGGUGCCCCCGUCGAUGCACCCGGGCAUGAUGGGCGGGCAUCCGAUGAUGCCACCACCGCUGAUGGCACCUCCGCCGCCGCCCUCGAACCCGUCCGCCGUGUUACCGCAGCCACCGGUGAUGCCACCGCCACCGCAGGCUCCGGCCGGUUACGGUGUCCCGGGAGCGAUUCCACCUCCACCGCUGCCACCUCCGAUGGGUGUGCAACCGCAACCGCCACUUCCGGCCGCACCGAUGGGCAUUCCGCCACCACCGAGGAUGAUUCCUCCGCCACCGUGGCAGCAACCGACGGGUGCCCCAUUGCCACCGGCACCGGUUGGGGUGCCAGCACCACCACCAGCCCCGUCGGCCCCAUUUCCUCCACCGCCACCGGCAUUCCCGCCUUCCAUGGGCCAACCGGGGGCCUUCCCUCCACCGCCACCAGUGCCGGGAGCACCGCGACCUCCGCCACCCGGCUCAGCCCGACCUCCGCAGCCACCUCCACCCCAGAUGCCCGGGUUCCCACCUCGCCCACCACCGAUCGGAGCAUUCCCACCCCAGCCCCGUCUUCCUCCGCCACCACCAACGAACAACUACAACCCCGAAGGCUACGGUGGCUACUAAACUACUACGCAACACACAGGAAUCGAACACUCGCGGAUCUUCUAUCUUCUUCUUACGCCAACCCCGUUUCGCGCGGUGGCGCCAUGUAUUCCUUUUUGUCGCUCCGCUGGUACAUUCAAAUAAUAAUACAAAAUAGAAAAUAAUAAAAUGGAAUAUCAA